GACUGGCUACUGACAAAUCACCGAUUGGCUGACUGGUUGCCGGCUGUGUUGCGCAUGGCAGGUAUUUAAAGCUCACUUAGUAUUGCCUCCUUCAGUUGUGUUCCAGCGUGCCGCUGAAGAGACCAAGCUGAACCAAGAUGACCUCGGUGAGAAAAAACUCUGUCUUCAAGGAGGUGGACGUCCACAGUCAGAGCAACAACAAGGAGCACCGCACCAGUGAACUCUCUGAGGAGAAGCUGAUUGUGCGGAGAGGACAGUCGUUCAAGGUGACCCUGAAAGUGACGAAGCCUUUUAAUCCUGGCCUUCAUUCCCUCGUGCUCACCGCGGCAACUGGUGAAACGCAAUCUUCGGAGAACCAGGGCACUUUGUCACGCUUCGGUAUCCCGGACUCCCCCAAUCGUUCACUGACAGCAAAGGCCGUUUGGACAGUCAAACUUCACGCGAACUCCUCGCUGAGCACCUUGGUCCUGCUCAUCACCCCGCCGCCGGACGCUCCCGUCGGAAAGUUCACCCUGACAGGAAGUCUCUGGAAUGAGGAAACCCAGCUGGCCACGCUUGUGGUGCUCUUCAACCCCUGGUUUUCUGGUGAUGCAGUUUUCAUGUCUGAUGAGUCCAAGAGACAAGAAUAUGUGAUGAAUGAACAUGGAGUCAUCUAUUGGGGAAGUGCAGAUUACAUCUCUGAAAUGAACUGGGACUUUGGCCAAUUUGAAGAUGACAUGGUGGACAUUUGCAUCAAGAUUCUGGACAAGAACCUCAAGUACAAAGAAAACCCCAGCAAGGACCUCGCCUCUCGUGGCGACCCCACCUACGUGGGCCGCGUGGUCAGCGCCAUGAUCAACAGCGAUGACGACCCCGGCGUCCUGACGGGCAACUGGUCGGACUCGUACGCAGGCGGAGUCUCUCCCUCUCACUGGAGCGGCAGCCAUGACAUCCUGUCUCAGUGGAUGAAAAAUGACUGCCGCCCUGUCAAGUUUGGUCAGUGCUGGGUGUUUGCUGGCGUGAUGUGUUCAGUGAUGCGGCUGCUGGGCAUCCCCACCCGCGUGGUCUCCAACUUCCAGUCAGCCCACGACACCGACGCCAACCUGACCAUCGACGUGUACCACGCCGACGAAGGGGUCGAGUACAUGGAGUCGAACGACAGCAUCUGGAACUUCCACGUGUGGGUGGAGUCAUGGAUGACGCGUCCCGACCUGAGUAACGAUGGCAAAUACGACGGCUGGCAAGUGUUGGAUGCGACACCGCAGGAGCCCAGCAACGAUAUCUACCAGUGUGGCCCCGCCUCACUCAUCGCCAUCAGCAGUGGUGAAGUAAAACUCCCCUAUGACGUCCCGUUUGUCUUCGCCGAGGUCAACGCCGACUGCACGGACUGGCUUUGUGUGUGUGUGUGUCAGGUGAAAGUGGACGGGACCAUGGUUUCCCUCUACUCUGACACCAAGCGAGUUGGUCAGAAAAUCUCCACCAAGGCAGUAGGUUCCAACAGGAGGGUGAACAUCACCAACGACUACAAGCCUGAAGAGGGGUCCGAGGAGGAAAGGACCAUCUUCAGGUACGCCAUCAGCAAAGAUGACGAGAGCGACGAUGAGGGGGAGGCAUCCGGGGGCAGCGCGAAUGAUGGUGAUGGCUCAACAGCACCGCCCCCCGUCCCACCGCCAAAGCUGGUCAUGCUCUUUGAGGAGCUAUCCAAGCCGCAGUACGGUAAGGAUGUGCAGCUGAAGCUGGUGCUGAGCAGCGACAGCAGAGUGGCCAGGCAGAUGUCGGCCUACAUCAGGGUGGAGGGGCUGAGGUACACUGGAACCGUGGUGCUCACCAUCCACACUGAGAACAAGGAGGUGACGCUGCAGCCUGGCAAAGAGCUGUCCAUCCCCAUCGUGAUCCCUUUCGAGGCCUACUACAAGCACAUGCACGUGUGCGACAGCUUGAAGGUGUCGGCCAUUGUGACAGACAAGCAACAUCCUGACAAAACCUACCUGGCGGAGGACAACGUCUUGCUGCAGGACCUCCCCGUCUCUGUGUCGGUUGCUGGUUUUGUCAGACAGUACCAAGAGGCGUCUGGGGAAGUGGUUUUCAUGAACUCCACCUCCGUGGAGCUGACGGGCUUGACGCUUACCCUGUCUGGUAGCGGCCUCAUGAGGAAUGAGGUGAAAUACAGCCUUCCCGAUUUGUCUCCCAGCAACCGCAUCCGCGUCAAGUUCGCCUUUGUCCCCUACCGGGCUGGAGAGAAGACGCUGGUGGCCGACAUUCACGCUUCCGUUUUUAAAGAUUUCAAGGGCUACCGCACCGUCACUGUUAGUCGUUUUUAGAUUUUUUUUUUUUUUUUAAAUCAACUGGUGCUUUAUCUCCAAAAGAGGCGUGAUGUGUACAGCUGGAUUGCAACACGGUGCUUUGAGAGAAGAAUCUGUCCUGCUUUGGCAUGCGGUUUAACCAUGUUGAACACUGCUGGGCUUAAAGUUUACUUACAUACACAAACCACAUAAUACCUAAACCACAUGUACUGUGACACUUACAUACAGACCCUCUCCAAAAAAUUAGAAUGCCAUGGAAAAG